AUCUUUUUCCUUCAGAAAUGUGUUUAUCCUGUACCAUUUGCCAAAUUUGCGAUUAGUAGACAGAAGUUAAAUGCCAACUUGUGACAACUUCCUUACAAUAACACCUAAUAUUUGUAUAAAAUAUUUAUAUAUAAGCCUUUCAACAUAACUGUUAAGAGUUUUUUAAAAAUAGUAAUGAAUUUAUCAUUGAUGGUGUCUAAUUUAUUGCAGUGUGCACAUCUUGAACAUGGGUGAUCCUAUACCAAAGGGAUGUGCUGUUGCUUUAGUUGGUGAAAAGUGUGAAGUUCACUUGCAUAUAAAGGGGCUGGUUGAUAUUGGAAAAGAAAUCUCUAAAUUAGAUAAUAAGUUAGAAAAGACAGAAGCCCAAUUGUCAAAAUUGAUGGAGGCCAUGAAGAUAGACGACUAUGAAAAGAAGGUCCCAGAUUCUGUAAGACAGCAGAACUGCGAAAAGGCAACACAGUUAACUACAGAGGUUGAGAAAAUCAAACAUGCAAUAGAGAAUCUAAAAGAGGCAGAUGCCUAAAUUUUAGUAUUGAAAUUAUUUUUGUUUCUAAUAAGAUAUGAAUGAAGA